AGUAUAUAGAAUACUACCAAUAGGAACGCCACCGUCCAUUGACUCUGACACGAUCUCACCUGGAUUUUUAUGUGUAUUUUGUCUUUGCUAUUUGAAUAUACUACUAUUAGAUAACGAAAAUGAGUCUUGACAGUGGAAGUGGAUUGAAAUGUCGAAAGAAAGCAGUUGAUAAAGAACAGGUCGAGCAAAUUAACGAGGAAAUUGAAGAUAGAAACUCCAAAGAGACUCGUUUAACCUUAAUGGAGGAAGUGUUGUUGUUAGGAUUGAAAGAUAGAGAGGGCUACACAUCUUUUUGGAAUGACUGCAUUUCUUCUGGACUUAGGGGUUGUAUCAUUAUUGAACUAGGAUUAAGGGGGCGUGUUGAGCUCGAAAAAACAGGCCUAAGGAAAAGAAGCUUACUAAAUAAAAAACUAUUAUUUAAAUCGGAUGCCCCAACUGGUGAUGUUCUCCUAGAUGAAGCCUUGAAACAUAUAAAAGAAACUGACCCUCCCGAGACUAUACAAAGCUGGAUAGAAUACCUUUCUGGUGAAACUUGGAAUCCUUUGAAACUCAAAUAUCAACUUAGAAAUGUCCGAGAGCGCUUAGCAAAGAACUUAGUUGACAAAGGAGUGUGUACUACUGAAAAACAGAAUUUUGUGCUCUUUGAUAUGACUACACACCCUCUAACUGAUUCGAAUGUUAAGCAAAAACUAAUAAAACGUGUUCAGGAAUCUGUUCUUUCGAAAUGGGCCAACGAUGCUCAAAGAAUGGACAAACGAAUGCUGUCUUUGUUGUAUUUGGCUCAUGCCUCAGAUGUCCUGGAAAAUGCUUUUGCUCCUUUGGCCGAUGAUGAUUACGAAUUGGCUAUGAAGAGAGUCCGAGAUUUACUGGAUUUAGAUUUUGAAGCAGAAGGAGCAAAAGAUGGAGCUAAUGAAGUAAUGUGGUGUGUUAUAUCGGCCUUUUCUAAAUGACAUUCCUGCAUUUUCCGUUUAAAGACGUUACAGAAUAAUGAAACAAAAAGAAAGAGCUUUUAUUAUAUAAAUAUGGGGAUUUUCUUCUUUUUUCGUGUUGAAAAUGGUUAAAAUACUAAUAAUAGAUUGGACGCUAACCUGUGAUAUUUUAUGUUUCUUUCGUUAAAAAAUUUUUUAUUUGGUAAAGCUGCAUAUUUAAUUAGAAUUUUAUCUUAACAAUUCUAUAUGUAAUUUUAUUAAUAGCGAAUAUGUGUAUCAUUAAUCAAUAAAAGGUUUGGUUAAUUUGUAGCUUUUUUUCAUUUUAGUAAAAAGACUUUAGAUUCUUCCUUCUCACUGGAAAUGAUUAUAGAUGAGUCUAUAUUCUCUUUUUGGUCAGCUGUUAAAUCUGCUUCGUGAUAUAGUACCGCCCAAGUUUCAUCUGUCAUUGCGUUCAAAAAUAUACUUAAUGUGAUAAUAGCCUAGUUUUAUUAAAGGCCAUAAAAGAUAUCUGAGCUAUAAUGAAGUCUAAACUUUAAAUAACCAACCUUUUUCUAUUUUAUCACCUUCAUCUUUUAAAAUUUCUAUUCCAACUUUAUAAUCCAGCUGAUCCUCUACGCUAAACCUUCCGGCGUGAUGUUCUCUUAGCACUUUUGCUAGGGGAAGACCCCUAAUUACGUUUACAAUUCCAUUUGAAUUGCUUUUUAUUUCUGUUUUUCUACUAGCCAGCUUGAGAACUUCUCUAGGGUCCUUCAUAAGCUGAGAUGCUAAUUUAGCGUCGACACCUUGCUUGAUAAUCAUCAAACGAAACUUUUCAGCCGCCGAAUUAUCAUUUAAAGUAGAUCUCAUCAUUUUUUCUGCUUCUUCAAAACAUUUUGCAAUAUUUGUCGAUUGAAGGAGACAAGCUCCCAAUUUACAAACAACAUCUAUAAGAUCCUUAGGCCCUUUGCCGUUUAAAGUGUCAACCGCUUCUAACACUUCAAUAGCAUUUCCAAUGGUUUUUCCAAUAGGAGAGACCAUCUUGGUCAUGGCAGCAAUGAUAUUCAUACCAAGUUCUUUUCCAACAUCAAU